AUUCAUGCAUGGAACCCUGUACGUUGUACACGGCCAUCCGUUUUUUUUAACAGGGCUCAACUCGGAAACGUUCGAGGCCAUCAUGACACAGGUGGAGUCCUUCCUGCAGGCAAACCCUGCGGAGGUGCUCGUCAUGCGUGUGAAGGAGGAGAACUCGGAUUUGGACGAGGACCUCUACCGCUGGGACCAAGACAAAUUUGAGGCGGCGAUCAGGCGCUUCGACGGGAUCCGCGACUACGCGUGCAGAGACGUCCGCUGCACAGUUGGCCCCUCGCGCGGGAAGGUGAUCUUUCUUGGCGACGGGGUCAACGUGACGAGGGCGGCCAAGCUACCCGCAACCGUCCCGACAGCCACCACCACGACAAAACCCCCGAAAAGAGACCCCGUGAUAUGGUGGGUGCCUGCGCAUAUUGAUUCGCCCCUUCCCCCCAGAUUGGCGGCCGCAAGCCGCGGCGCGACAGACGAAUUCGUGCCAUUUCUGCAGUACGAUGAGGUGCUGAAGGUCCAGCAGGAUAAAUACGACCUGCACGGCAAGCAAUGGUUGCUGUACGACAAGUGGACGUGGGUGCGGGACCUGUUGAUUGAGGUGUCAGGCAAGACACGCGACUCGGGCGUCAUCAACUACCUCUCUGCCGCGGGUGCUGUUUUCCCCUACUUCGUUGCCUCCGGGAAAAGCUCAGUGAAUGGACCAAGCCAUUGGACGGGGCUCUCACUAAGUUGUCUCGCUAACAACUGGGACAAGUAUCCUGACUUCCCACGCAAGGACUGCACCUGCGGUCCAGGGACGAUA